GAUCAGUUCAGAUUUCAAAAUCACUUGAAUACAUGGAAGAUGGGAAAGUUGAGACACAAAAACUCAAAUUCAAGGCCCACGCAAGGGAACCUUAAUUAUGCAAAUGAUCGGGGCGUUUUUGUCAUUGUCAAAAUUUUCAUUGUUUUCUUACACAUCCUAAUUUUCUAAAAUUUCCUUCACUUUGAAUUUCUCCCAAUCCAAGACUUGUACCUAUGUAUGUAAUUAGAAGCAAGUGAUUUUUGCUUUGUAUUGUUUGAUACAUCACUCGGCAUGUAAAUAGUAAAUUUAAUCAGCUGCUUUAUGUAAAUUUCAUAAUUAUCGCUUUAAAGUUCAAAAAAUAAAGUAAAGGCACAUUAUUUCAUUGGUCUCACUAUUCCCCAACAGAAAAACCGGGUUAAACGUUUCAAUCCAUAAAAAAUUUGCAUUUGUCAAGUGUCAACGACAAGGACAGCUGGGUUCACAAUUAUGCUGAGGAGCAAUUAAUUAAUAGUGUACUUGUUUUCUGUACGCUUCAAAGUACCGACAAAAUAAGUAAGAGACACAUCCGACAAAACAUUUUGGUCAUCAUUUUCACAUCUUGAACGAGGGCGUGGACAUUAAAUUCUGGACCAAGGAGGAUAACAUGGACACGCCCGCGUCAACCAAGGCGUUGAUGAAUCCUCUGGGUAGCUCGUCGAAAAUAUGGUCGUCGAAAGAGCCACUCGUCGAGGACGAGUCGUCUGAAGGGUAACUCGUCCAUUGGGCAAGUGGUCGAAAAUAAUACUUGUCGAGAGUAUUUUUUUCAAUAAAAUAAGAUUCUAAAUAUAAAUUAUAAUUUUAUAAAAUAACAUUUACAUGAGAACUCUCAGCAAGAAUGCUUAAACCGCCUGUUCCAGGCCUCCACUGCAUUAUCGGUUGUGGAAAUUUUAUCUAAUACACGUUGGUGCACAUUCCAGAAGAGUAUUGAAACAUUGGUGGAUCGUACACUGUACUGAUGUAGGUUUUUUGAACAUAACUAAAAAAUCAUCUAGUACGAGUUUAGUUUGACCCUUAAAAUUGAACGAUACUUUCAAUUCUCGGAAUGCCACUCUUAAAUCAUCGGGCUGAACAAAUGAGACACCGAAUAUUUUUUUAUUAAUAAUGCCAUUGUAACGUCUUAGUCGUACUGGUUCUUUAAAUUGGGUGUCAAAUGUCUAAACAACGCUUGAGUACAGUGAAAAUGACACCCUUGAAGUACGGCGUCUGGAAACGUGUCGUGUACAUCUUUUAUUUCAGCUUGUUCAAAAUCCAUCAGAACAGCUUAUCUUUAAAUUUAAGUUUCUCUUUGCUGCGUUACAUUAGUUCGUCACAGUAAUUUGACAUUUUUAAUGUAAAAUUUAAGGGUAAGAAGAACAAAACAAUCCUCCCAAUUACUGCUGUAUAGUGUUUUAAGUAUUUUGGAAUGUUCGCAGCGUAUAUCCGUCCCACAAUGCACAUGUGCUGUGCAUACUUGUGAACUCAUUAUAUAUUGCUGCUGAACCUUAUCUUCCCUUAUUUGGACGCCCCCAGUUUAAAAUCCGCCCGAUCCGUGUGCACCUUGUGGGCCGAGUUGAGCACCUCAUUUCUCGGGAAAUGGACCUCCGUGACCUUCACAACGGAGAAUUGCUGCCGAGAAGAAAUCUCCAAAUCGUCCAAGGAACUGGGAUCCCUUCACCCGAAACUGGCCAAAAGUGUCGUACUUGUUCUGGCUCAACCGCCCUGUGGUUGGAUUUCCUUACCAAAAAACUUGACCACUAAUUUGCCACAUAUUUCCGACCACAUUGUUGAAUUUGAUGUUACGUUGAGCUCGAGAUUUGAACCGACUUUGGAACGAAUGUGGAUGAUGCAUCACUUCCCGAACCUUGGACUUCUCACGCUUACCUUCGUUAUGAUAAAUAUUGAUACUUCUGAUAAUUCUGAAAAUGAGGAUGACAAUUAUAACGAGAAUCAUCCUCCCCAUAAAAUCCCGCAGUUUCUGAACUUGCCAAACCUGAAGUCUCUCAAGAUAGUGGUCAAAGAUAAAAGUGAAAUCGACCAGGACGACGGGAUAUCCUCGAUUUGUCAGGGACUCCUUAAUUCCGCCGCCUGCGUUGAAAAUGUCACAAUCGAUGCCAGUUUCUACCCAGAUUUCACCCCUUGUACGAAACUAGACAUGCUUGCUUACACCUUCAUCCACUUUGAGGAUUUCGGCCAAGUGUACGUCGACAUUCCCAUAUUGACCUGGAUGUUGGGCACUUGUCGAAAUUAUUUGACCAGGUUGACUCUAAGUGGCCAACAUGAUUGGGAGGCCUUUGACCCGGGGACGCUCAUGCUCCCCUCAAUGCCAAAUUUGGUGGUCCUCCAUAUCGAAGAAAUUUUUCCCUUGGGAAAUUUUCUGCACAGCGUCCACCUUCCUUCUGACCCACGUUACUUUUUCCGGUUACGAAACGGCCGGUCUCUGUCUGCCACACAUUUUUGAAGAUUUCGAUCUUCCCCACAAACAGAUUACUUCCCUUGACGUGGAAGCCGUCUACAGAUAUUUCGACCAAGAUGUUGAAACUGCGGCGAGAAUCGUCCGCCUUUUCCCAUCAGUGAAAAAAUUUCGGUUCAAGAUGACCAUUCUCGAUGAGGGGGAAGACGAUCCUCACGUAAUGGAAUUGCUGCAAUCCUUCGCCACGUGGGAUUUGACGUCUGGUUUGGUGGAGAUUGAGAGUGACCAGGAGACCACAGACGUUCUAGCUGUGUUGCGAGGGGUGGCAAUGUGGAAGGGCUUGUCACGGACAUCAGUUAACUUUGAAGUCAAGGGGAGCCCCAAGUUUGUCCUGGACGAUGAGAUGGAAGAGAUUCUGUUAUAUUGCAGAUCGUUGAGAUGGAUUAAGAUGUCGGGAUUUCAGAUGGAGGAGGAGGAGAGAGAAAAAUUUGAAGAGUUUAUUGAGGAACACGCUCUCCAGAUCAGUUUGUUGAACUGGGUGAAUUAAGCACCAUUCACUAAGGAAUAUUCACUGGAAAUUACCUAGUUAAUAUAUAAACAAAAUUUGUAGUUGAAUUACAC